UCACCACUUCCUCCCUUUUCCAUCCAUCACCUAAGCCUGUCCGCACUGCCCCGCCAUCCUCCCAUUGGCCUUCCAUCGCCUGCGGUCUCGUCCUUUUGCUCCUCUGAGCGCUGCUCAGCAUGUCGAUGAAUCGCUCCGCGUCGCGCAUGACGCCUCUACUCCUGAGGUCUGCUCUCAGAGCUCAGCGUAGAGCCCCGAGGUCCCUUCCGCGCAAUGUCUCCGCCCUUGCCAUCCUCGUCCCCUACCGCGGCUACGCUACUGAACCCUCUACUUCGUCCAACACCUCCGGCGAUUAUCCCCCGCCAGGCUUUAACGCCGAACAGGCCAAGAAGCCCCUCCCCAAGGACGAGAAAGCAAAGGCGCAUUCAAAUUCCCCUGCCCUGGAUAAGGAGGUCUUGGAGGAUGUCAGGAUCCCCACUGACGAGCCGUCGACUCACGCUCCUACCCUGGCUUCCGAAGCACAUAGUCUGACUGAGUUGGCGGCGGAGAAGGCUACUGCGGAAAAGGCGCAUCAGAAAAUUGCCGCCAAAAAGGAUUCAGAAGCCAGCAAGAAGCUCACGCUGUGGCAAAAAGUCAAGAAGGAGGCGCAUCACUACUGGGACGGCACAAAGUUGCUUGCUACUGAGGUCAGGAUCAGUACUAAGUUGGCCCUGAAAAUGGCAGCUGGUUACGACCUAUCUCGCCGCGAGAAUAGACAGCUCCGCCGCACUCUUCAGGACUUAGGUCGGCUGGUGCCGUUCUCCAUGUUCGUCAUCGUCCCUUUUGCGGAAUUGCUCUUGCCCGUUGCACUGAAGCUUUUCCCCAACAUGCUGCCCAGCACGUACGAGGGUCAAAAGUCCAAGGACAACAAAGUGACCAAUCUCCGCGCUACACGUAAGGAAGUCAGCAGUUUCCUUCGCCAGACGUUGCAGGAGACUGGUCUGCCGCUAAGCGCAGCCAAUGCGCAGCGUGAGGAGUUCACCGAAUUCUUCCGCAAGAUCCGCAGUACUGGCGAGUCGCCUACCCAGGCCGAUGUGAUUAAGGUCUGCAAGAUUUUCAAGGAUGAUUUGACUCUGGACAACCUCUCCCGGCCGCAGCUCGUUGGCAUCUGCAAAUACAUGAACCUGAACGCCUUCGGCACCGACAACAUCCUGCGCUACCAGAUUAGGCACCGUAUGCGCCAGAUCAAGCGUGACGACAAGAUGAUCUUCAUUGAGGGCGUUGAAUCUCUUUCCGUUCCCGAGCUUCAGGGCGCGUGCGGUAGCCGUGGUCUGCGUACCCAGGGCAUGAGCCCCGGCCGCCUGCGGGAUGAUUUGCAAACUUGGCUGGAACUGCGCUUGAAGUACGGUGUGCCGUCGACUCUGUUGGUCCUCAGCAAUGCCUUCAUGUACGGCCAGGGCAAGGAGACGGAGAUGGAGACGCAGAUCGAUGCUCUGCAGGCUGUCCUGUCGUCCAUCCCUGAGGAGUUGUUCCACGAGAUUGAGCUCGAGGUGCAUACUGCUGAGGGUGCCGCGACCAACAAGCAGCGUCUGGAGGUCCUGAAGGAGCAGCAGGAGCUGAUUGAGGAGGAGAACGAGCAGUCGCAGUCGGGUGCUAGCGCAACGAGCGCACCAAGGACGCCCAAGGAUGACCAGGACAUUGACGAUACCGACGAGAACCAACCCCAAGCGCAGGACAAGGUGACAGACGUCGUCGAAAAGCAAAACAUCGAAGCGAAGAAGGCUGAGCAGGAAGCUGAGAAGCCUUAGAUGGCCUUCUUAAUGUAUUUUCCGCGUUUGAAAACGCGAUAGCUCUGCUCGAAAAUGAUAGAACGAUGUUUUUGAAUUCUUGAGUUUGGUGAUGUGGCUACUAACACGGGCCUGGUUUUCUCUUAUGCUUUUUAACAUUGUACUCUUGGCUUUUUCACACACGCUUCACGAAAGACUUCUCUCGCGCCAUUGAAACGCUUAUGUUUCUGUCUACUGCGUGACAGUGUUAAGAAGAGCGCGCUGGUUUCAGGACGGCGCCCGUUAAGAUUGUGAGAAGCUUUAGAAUCGACCAGCUAGUAAGGGACAGUUACUAGCCAGCAGACCUUCGGGAAGAAAUAUCAGAAAAGUUGAUCGAUUACAUAACCUCGUCCCGAUGCCUUUUUAAUAUCCUGCU